AUGACGGAUUCUGACAUAGAUUGGUAUAAUACAAGAUUGCAGAUUAACAAGGAAUCCAUGGUAGCGAAGACGGUGAAAGACUCUAUAUUUAGAUUGGGGUUAGUUUGUAUGGAUCCUGAAGAAGAAGCUCAACUGAAUAUCGAAGUGAUGGAGAAGAGAGACAAUGAGGGAAUGUUUGAAACAAAAUUACCUAGUUUUAAUUUGAAGUUGUCAGAAGAGUUUUGGGGGGCGAAGGAUGUGGAGUGGACACAUCUGGAUUCUAAUGGAGCUUUAGGAGGUUCGGUCAUUUUGUGGAGGAAGAACUUAAUAGAUCUUAUUUCGAGCUAUAAAGGAACGGGUUUCGUGGGCUUGAAAGCGAGACUUAAUGGCUUAUGUAUAAACUUCAUAAAUGUGUGCGCUCCCUGCAAUGCGAUUUUGAGAAGAGAGGUAUGGAAGAACUUAUUGAGGUUGAAAAAUUCGAUAGUGGGGGAAGAUAGGUGCAUAGGUGGUGACUUUAACUCUGUCAUGUUCAAGGAAGAGAGGUUAGGAAAGAGUGCUGGAAGCUGUGGCAAGGAUUCUAUAGAUUUCCUUAACUUUGUGGAGGAAAUGGAGUUAAUAUAUCUUCCUUGCGUGGGAGGGAGAUUUACUUGGUUCAGCGGGAAUGGUUGUGCUAUGAGCAGGUUGGACAGAUUUUUUAUUUCUGAUAACUUGGCAUUAAUUUGGAAGUUAGAUAAUCAGGUCGUGGGUAAAAGAGUAUUAUCGGACCAUUGUCCAGUGUGGUUGAAGGCAGGUGGGUAUGACUGGGGGCCUAAACCUUUUAGGUUCUUCAAAGGCUGGUAUAAACACAAAAACUUAGACUCUUUCAUGAAGAAGGAGUGGAACUUACUAUCCGUUAAAGGGGGAGGUGACUUCGUUAUGUACGAGAAAUUAAAAAGGCUAAAGGUAAAGUUUAAGGUGUGGAACAAAGAAGUUUUUGGAUGGAUUGACUUGAGGAUUGAUGAGAAAGUUGAAAAACAAUAUGACCUGGACUAG